CCCUAUUGCCCACGGAAAUUCUAGAAAAAUUUUUCUCUUUGCAGGGUUGAAAACCUUGGUACUCGCUACAAAAAAUUUGUCAAGCUGGAGCAAAAGUUGGCCUUAUCUAGUACCAUACAACUGAGCCAUUUUAUCCUUACGUUAAAAAAGAAAGAAGAUUCGAGGGAUUUGAUUUUCAUUACUGCCAUUUUACUUCAUCGAUUGCGGGAAAAUGAGGAUUUAAAUAACAUCUUAAUGUUUUAAUCGAAAAGGAUUGGAAUUUUAAGCUGAUGAAAGAUUGAAAGGGAAACGAUUGCAUGAGGACGCCAAGUCGAAGCCAUCAUCAUCUAAACUCACUUGCGAGAUUUCCCCUUGGAGCAAUUCUGAGAUCGCGCUUUUUCACUUCCAUUAUGAAUUGCUUGCAGUGGUUUCUUUUGAUGUCAAUCCUCACAGCGAAGACAGUAUUGGAGGAAUGAGCUUCUUACAUGGGAUCCUGCCCAAUAUGGUGGAAUCAAAAUUAUUUACGUCGAUCCUAAAGACAUAUGGGUUCCCGAUGUGCUGCUGUACAGCAACAUAGACGAGGAAGACAGAUUUGGUGGAGGGAAGUAUACUUACAAGGCAAACGUCGCUCUCAGUCAUGACGGAGGCUGUGUAUGGCUGAAUCCCGCUAUCUUCAAAAGCAUUUGUAUGGUUGACGUUACAUUCUUUCCCUUUGAUGACCAAACAUGUGAGCUGAAGUUUGGCUCCUGGUCCUUUGAUAUCUCGAAAAUCGAUCUGCACCCUAAAGACAGACAUGCGUUGAAUAAGAAUUACAUCAAGAAUGGCGAAUGGGAGCUGAACAGCAUCACUUUCAUACGCAACCAGAAACAUUACAAAUGCUGCGUAUACGACUUCGUUGAUGUGACUAUCAAAAUUGAAAUCUCGCGGGUGUCUUUGGAUUACAUUAUGAAGUUGAUCAUCCCAUGUUCACUAAUAUCGUCUAUGAUAUUCCUUGGCUUUGUACUACCGCCCGAAUCCGGAGAGCGGAUUGGAUUAAGCAUCACCGUCCUCCUUGCUAUGACUGUAUUCCAACAACUCACCUCGGAACUAAUGCCAUCGUAUGGGUUCCCUUUGUUGGGGCAAUAUUAUUUCGCUACGAUGAUAGAAAUAGGAGCAUCCCUUACAGUCACAACUUUUAUUCUAAACUUUUAUCACCGGAGUACUCGCAGGAUGCCAGCAUUCUUACGCAAAUUGAUACUAGUGUGGAUGGCUUCCUUAGCAUUUCCGUUUAGGAAGAAUAAACCCUAUAAAUCCUCUAUUCCAUUAAGUGCCAACCAGGGUGACUCGGGUGAACUCAGUGAUUCGAAUUUUAUCGUAGAAAGCAUGAUCGAUAACAAUGACCCGACACAUUCUAGGCAAAAUAGAUGGAAUUCUUUGCGCGAGUUUCCUGAAGGGUACCAGAUAAGUCCUGCGUCCACGGCGUCAAUCGAUAAUAUGUUCACAGGUAAUACUUCACCGUCCAGAAGAAACAACUACGUCGCAAAUCGACGAGGACUCGACAAAAUGCGAUUUAGGCGUCACAAAUUAAAACAAAACGGGUCGAAGAAAAAGUUAUAUAAUAACCAAGACAAUGCUUCCGGAAAUAAAAGUUAUUUUAUGUCCGCAGUAGGAUUUGGGGACCUGUCUAACGAUGAUAGUAAAUCUGAGUUAUCCCUGGAAAGGGAAAGAAAUCAAAAGGAAUGGAAAAAAGCAGCAAGAGUGCUGGACAGAAUGUUUCUGAUAAUAUCAGUCGUCAUUGGAACUGUGACUUUGUUUGGCAUUUUUCUUAAAGCACCUCGAUUUCAUUUGCUUUAAUAAUCAUUCAUUUGCAUGUUGCUUUAAGAGCGUCAAAGUGGUAGCCCUCCUUUCCAGCUAGCCCCUGUUGGAGACUAUUUCUAAGGACAUUAAAAAAGCAGCAAGAGUGCUGGACAGAAUGUUUCUGAUAAUAUCAGUCGUCAUUGGCACUGUGACUUUGUUUGGAAUAUUUCUCAAGGCAUCUCGAUUUCAUCUGCUUUAAUAAUCAUUCAGUUGCAUGUUGCUUUUAAGAGCGUCAAAGUGGCUGCGCUCCUUAGCAGCCCAUCUUGACUCUUACUAAUGAGUAAUGCUUAUAUGGAACACAAAUUCGAAAAAA